CGUGUCAGCUGCGUUUCUAUCCUAGGUGUGCCUUCGCGUGUGACGGUAUCAUAUCACCGUAAUUCUCCCUGUCCCCUGCUCCCCAGUCUACUGGCUCUAUUGGACAGAAUUCUCUCCUCCUUCCUCCGUCGUCCGUCCCUCAGCUAGAUUCACCGCCCAGGUAGAGAAGAGGGCAAAGGAAAGAGAAGGAAGAUGUUCUACUCUCACCAGCUUCUAGCUCGGAAAGCUCCCCUCUGCCAGAUUUGGAUGGCGGCAACUAUGCACGCCAAGAUGAACCGGAAGAAGCUCGACAUGAUCGACAUCAUCAGCAUCUGUGAGGAGAUUCUGAAUCCUUCGGUUCCGAUGGCGCUUCGGCUCUCCGGAAUUCUAAUGGGUUCUCUGCUCCCUCCGUCCCUAUUCGUUUGCGGAGUGGUGAUUGUUUAUGAACGGAAAGUGAAGCUGCUCUACGAGGACGUCACCCGUUUGCUGGUUAAAAUCAACGAGACAUGGAAAGUGGAACCAGCGACAGACCGUACCCUUCUUCCGAAACGGAAGUUACAGGCCAAGUUCGUUUCGCUCCCAAGUUCUCUGCUGUUCUUCUUUUCCGUGCAAUUAAAACGAACCGAAACGAGUGUCUCUCUAUGGAUCUGCAGGAAAGAAGCUGUGACUCUGCCGGAUGUUCAGGACGUGGACCACCCUGAAAUUGGGCAGUCUAGGAACUUCUCGAGUUCAAACGCAACAAUGCCUUCUUUCCAGAAUACUUCCUAUUUCGCAGUGCAACUAGAUACCUUGGACGAGACUUACAUUAACAAUGACGCCAUGGAAGACGAUGUUACUGGGCAUAUGCAUCAAGUUGAUCCAGAGAACAUAAAAUUAUUCGAACACUUUGACCCAUGUCAAGUUAACACAGAUAUGUAUGAUCGCUUUGAAAGAUUCGAUAUUAGUGGAGAAGGGGACACUCAGAUGAACGCGACUUUUUCAGGAGAUCUUCAAACAGAUAUGCCUUCAACUGUUCUACCCUCACAACCUCGUCAAGAUGAAGAUCUAGGAGGUUUGCUUGCUGACUCCCAAAUGCUUUCACAUAUGUUCUUCAUUUGCUUACAUUCUAUUUUCGGAAUGUCAGCAAAUGAACAAGGAAAUCCUUUCACAGACAAAGAAAUCCCUGACCAGCAACCUGAAAGCCUUGUCAACCAACCAUCUGAAACACACAAUGUAGGCAGAGAGCAAACGGGACACUCAAAAUAUUUCACUCCUGUAAAUGUCUCACUAUCAUUCCCACCCGAGCCACAAACUCCCAGAGCUCGCAGACAGGUGCAAGGACCAAUUAUAAGGAAAAGGAGGAGACAAGCAGCUAAUUGGAUGGACAUAGAAAAAACAGUAAUACCUGGUGAGGUAUACCAGUCAUGGCUUCAAAAUGCUUCUGACCUCACCUCGAGGAGAGAUAGAAAGGGAAAGGACGUGAAAAAGAGUAUUAUGUCGAGGAUGAAGGUGGCCAGUCUGAUGGAGUUGCCACCUACGGUACUCAUUGAUGAUUUAUCAAUCAAUGCAAACAAAGAUAUCUACUAUCCUGCUCCUCUACUCGCGCAGUGGACGAAAAGCACUCAGCCUCCACAUGACUCUCCAUCUGCAAGGGCAACCUCACCUCAGCCUCCUGAAGCUUCAAAUUCAUCCCCACAAGAUGCAGCAGCUCAAUUUGAAGAUCCAUAUAACUUCAAUGAUUAUCAAGGUGGGGGUGGGUCUCAGUCAAUUGGUAUCUCCUUUGAGAAGGACAGGGGUGUCUUGAAUGAGCAAUUGGAAGCCCACCUGUUUGAUAACGCGUUUGAAGCCAACCUUGUGGACAACAUCAGAAUGAGAGGGAACAAAGAACCACCAGUUAUCACAACUCCUGGAAAUCCUGGUUCUGGACAUGGUAUUCCACGACAUUGCUCCGGGAUCAACUCAGGAAACAUACAUAGUGGUAGUAGCCUUCAGUCAAUUCCUGAGGACACAUUAUGGCUUCCUGAUCCAGAAGUGCAAUUGAAAACUGGACCUGCACAGUCUCAACGACCCAUCACUUCCUCCCAGAGACUCAAGGCCAUGAAUGAAGGCAUCCGAAUGUGUGGUUUACUCCAUUUACAACCCAAGUACCUGAAGAACCCUUUCAAAGGGCCAGAAGCUGAGUCCCUCAACAGUCUACCCAUUGGAAUCAACCUCGAACAAGCAGCUCCCUCGUUCUAUGAAACCCGUGGUCUGAAUUUUGAGUUUGAAGCCUACCUUGCUGACAACGAAAGUAUAAGAGGGAACAAAGAACCACCUGUUGUCACAUCUCCUGGAAAUCGUGGGAAGCCAGCAAGAUUCAUACCAAGUUCAGGUUCUGGACAUAGUAUUCCACGACAUCGCUCCGAGAUCAACUCAGGACACAAACAUAGUGGUAGUAGCCUUCAGUCAAUUCCUGAGAACAAAUCAUGGCGUCCAGAUCCAGAUAUCACGACAGUGCACGAGAAGGACUCGGCUCCUGAUCAAGAAGUGCUGUUGGAAACUGGACCUACACAGACUCAACCACUCAUCAACACCUCUGAGCCACUCGACGCCAUGACUGAAGACAUCCGAAAGCACCUGAAGACCCAUUUCGAAUGGCCAAAAGCUCCCAAACACGAGUCCCUCAACAAUCUAGCCACCGGAAUGGACCGCAAACGAGCAGCACUCUUCUUCUAUCAAACCUGUGUUCUUGCAACACGAGGCGACAUUGCAGUAGACCAGAAGGUGCCCUACGGCGAGAUUCUCAUCUCUAAUCGAUCAAAGAAAUUACCAUUAUUUGUGGAGAGAACGUGGACAGGUAAAUGGGAUAGGACGCACACUCACUCACCAAACUAAAGAUUUUGACGGAACACCAGCAGUCACUAGAUAGUUCCAAAAGUUAAUUGCUCAAUUAACUGGCUAUAGCUACUGCCUAGCUACCCUUGUUUUGUGGAUAUAAUGAUUAGUGAUUACUACUACGUGGCUGCGGAUUUUAGAUAGAUUAUUUAUCUUUUUUUCAGAACAAAAUUCUCCCCAGUAUCUUUAUAUC